AUGGAAUAUUUAAAUGCUGCAUUAUCUGGGGAUAUAAAAUCAGAUGAUGUAUUAAAUGCACUGGCAAUUAAUUUUCCAACAGUAUGCAAACAGAAAGAAUUUUUAAACUUACCAGAAUCUGUUUUAGAUUCAGUAUUAUCAAACAAAAAUAUUAAGUAUCCAAAUCCUAAAGAAACAGCUGAAUUCUUUGUUCAGGUUUUUAGCAAAGGAGAUGGAAUUGCUCAAUAUUUUAGCGAUUUAGUUCCAAUUGAUGAGAUGGAUUCUGAAUCUAUUAAAAUAUUAGCCGAUAAGUUACUUCAAAUGAAUUUAGUUCAAGAAAGUAAUAGAUUUGUUCGUAUUCAAGCAUUAUAUCAAACACUUGAAUCAAAACAACAACAAAUUGACAAAACUAAGACAUUGAUUGAAUCAGCAUCAAAGAAUUUAGAAAGUUUUAGUACCAGAGUCCAACAAUCUACAGAAAUUCUUCGCAAACAAACUAAAUUAUACAAUGAUACAAAAACACAAGUUGAUGAACUAAUUGUAAAGAAUAAAGAAGCAGCUAAACGUCUUGACGAUCUUAGAAAACAGGCCAAAGCAGCUAAAAAUUGA